AUGUCGACCUUACAAGUGUCGAGGCGUUAUCGCUCGUCGACUUCGGCGUCUUCCAGAUCGUCCAGCGCCGCCAACUCGAAAGCUCUCGAAAUCCUGCGCGGCCUCCUCGAUACACUCACGUCAAGCACGCAACGACGAACCAACGAUGGAUACCCCGAGUUUCCCGUGCUCAUCAAGAGCCUCCGCCAGAUUCGACAGCACAUUACCGCGACCGAACCCCCGAGCCCGCCCCAAGACGAUUUUAGGCACCUACACGGGUUUAAUAGGCUCCUCGACGUGCUGAGAUCCUACUCGGGCUUUUACAACCCCCAGCGUCGAACGAAAGAAGAAAAGGAAGGCCUAUUCGGAUUGCUUGAAGCUGUCUUGGACGUCUUUGCCGCUGCCUUUUUGGAUCAUCCAGGGAACAAGAGAUACUUUCGCCACAGGGUGGAAGGUGGAGGAUGGGAGGCUCUCGAGCAGACCAUUGCCAGUGUUGGCCUUGGCGGAAGCGACUCUGAUCUGUGGACCAACUGUCAGAUGUUUGGGAAAUUGCUAGCAUUCUCGCUCGGGGACAAGACUAUGGACGCCAUAUGUCAGUCAGUUGCCACAACUUCAGAGUCGAAGGACGUAGAUGCCAAGACAACGAACCGAGAGGAGCCUCCUGAGGACGACCCUCAGCAACCAAAAACGCCGCAAGUUCCAGAACGAAAGGAUAUAAUCCAGGAGGUGCGCGAUGCCAUGCAGAAACGGGCCGUCUUCAGAAACCCUGAAAUUCUGCGUGCUGUUGUGGGCUUCUGGGAGUCUAUCCCGCGAGCGCAGGACAUGCCGGCCAACUCUUGCUCAAUGGCCGUCUUGGAGAUCAUGUCAAGCGCAGUUUCCGUCUCGAUGUUCAAUCUCGCAGCUCUCCACUCAACCGGAGUAUUGUCGCGCUUCCUUUGCGUGCUGUUCAGCCCCGUCGCCAAUCUCGACCAAGCAGAGAAGGACAAGCUCCUCAUCAUGUGCAAAAAGCUCAUGUACUUGGGAUUCAACCAGCCCGCCGACACCCAGUUCUUACUGGCGAGCACAUUGCCAGAAGCCUCAGAGUUCUGCUUGGAGAUGACUUCGACGUACAGCGGCCCGCCAUUCUUCCAAUUCGACCUCUCUUUGCACGGCCACUCGUCCAUCGAAUUACCCACCCUCGGCCGGUCUUUUCCUCCCAGCUCAUCUCCAGGCUACACCUUUACGGCAUGGAUUCGUGUGGAUCGUUUUGACCCCAACUCACAUACAACCCUCUUUGGCGUCUUUGAUGCCAGUCAAACAUGCUUUCUCCUCAUGUAUCUUGAGCGAGAUACACGCAACUUCAUCUUACAGACCUCGGUCACUUCCAGCCGACCAAGCGUCAGGUUCAAAGGGAUGUCAUUCAAGGACAAGCAAUGGUACCAUAUUGCCCUUGUUCACAGACGACCAAAAACAAUGACUGCAAGCAAAGCCUCACUUUACGUCAACGGCGAAUUUGUUGAGCAGAUCAAGUGUGCAUACCCCUCGCCGCCACCACUCGCCAACGGUAGUACCGAAAGCUUCGCAUCUUUUGCUUCGACGAACGCAAAGCAACAUCCUGUUCAGGCAUUCCUAGGAACUCCAAGAGAUCUUUCCAGCCAACUUGGUUCCGGUCUGGUCUUUUCGAAGUGGUCUUUAGCUUCAGCACAUCUCUUUGAAGACGCCCUAAGCGAUGACUUCCUGGCUGUUCACUACGGACUUUCCCCAAAGUACCAGGGCAACUUCCAGGAUAGCCUAGGUGGCUUCCAGACUUACGAGGCCUCGGCGAGCCUAGGACUACGAAACGAAGUUUUCCAUCCUGGAAGAGAUGAGAGUUCUGAUAUCAUAAGAGCCAUCAGAGACAAGGCUGGCAGCCUCCUCCCAGAAAGCAAGAUUCUACUGAGCAUACUCCCGACAGGUGUCUUCAGAGAAGAUGGCGUUUAUCAAGAUACUCAGCUUUACCGUGCACUGCCUCGGCCUGCAGCAACGAAUCUCAUUCAAAUGACCCAUAGAAGCGGUUCAGCCAUUGCGAUCAACGCUGCCCUGCCAUGCCUUCUGGAUGCACUCGCACGUUCCCAAGGUGUUGCUGUUCUAUCUGGCAAUCCUGUGGUGGUGAUGCCCUCCUAUUUUGACGACAACUUCUGGCGCCUUGCAGGCUUCACCCCUUUGGCUCUGAAGAUUGUUGAAAGGGCGACUUCAGUGGAAGAAACUGUCCGAGCAGUCGAGAUGGCGUUUUUGUGCAUCAGAAAGAGCUGGAGAAACAGCGAGGCAAUGGAGCGUGAUAAUGGCUACGCUAUCCUCGGCAUGCUUCUCAGAGCCAAACUGGGCUAUACCGUCAACUUGGGUGCUGACAGCGCCAAUCUACGCCUACCGAUUUCAAGUGAAGAACGGGAUAGAUUGAGUUUCCAGCUUUUGAGCCUUGUCCUAGAAUUCGUGGGCUAUAACCAUGCAGAGCCUUUGGAGUCCUUCAUUGUGAAUCCUCUGGCGUACCGCAUUCUGCUUAUCGAUUUCGACACUUGGAGACGAUCAGCUUCCAUCACCCAGGAGCUAUACUACAAGCAAUUCGUGACAUUCUCAGUGAAGAGCAAGUAUCAUCAAUUUAACAGCAGGAGAUUAAUGCGCAUGAGAAUCGUCAAACGGCUGCUCGACGCGAUGAAAGCAGAAUCGAUAUCCGAGGAGGUGCAGCCACACUUCAUGGCUGCUUUGGAGCAACUGGUGAAAUGCAACUACACAGCAGAGGUGCACAGGUCACUAGCUUUGUUCAUCACAUAUGCCUUCCACUCGCCAACAGCCUCCCUGGUAAGGUCACCGAGACCUGUGUCUGCCACAGCACGAACAUCCACGACCGGAUAUGCCAGACGGGCAACCUUCGACUCCAAUACCUCAUCGAAUACGUCCCCCUCCAGGUUCCUGACCAAGAGACAACUCGGUGCCAAGAUUCUGGGAAUGUACUCGAACCUGCUCUGCGAAAAGGGCAACCUGGCCAACAUCCGCAAGUUUGCAAGGACAGUGACGAACAAGGUGAGACCACCAUUUGGAGAAAAGGAUAAACAGUUAUAUUUAUUGAGUAUGGACCAGUGGCUGCUAUAUCUCUUGGCCAACGACGAUCCCGAAACGGUAGUAUAUGGCAGCAAGAUCCUGGCCAGACUCCUCAUCACGCACGGCUCCACGUAUACGGCCAAGUUCUCCGGCAAGACUGGUGGCUUCACCAUCAUGGCACAUCGACUUAAACGCUGGUGGCACAUCCCCUCCCUGUGGCCAAUCUGCUUCAGCAUCUUAUUCGGACUUGACGUGGCCAACGUGGACUUGGAACGCAACUUUGAGUUUUCAAACUUACUUGAAACCUUUGGAAGAGCUCGCGUUCUCUAUCCUGAAUGUCUGCAAGUCAUAACUUCAAUGUUACAACAUGGCUUGAAGGAUGUCAUGAAGCAUCAGGAGGACCCAAAUUCUCCUCAAAAGUCACAUCAUCUCCAGGCCAGCGGAUUCGAAGGCCUUGAAACCCGGCCACGGGCCAAGUCCAUGGAGACUAGGGGUCUAGAUGCGAGAAAAAAUGGCCCGCGUGAUAACGAGCGGAUAUCAAAUCACGCGCCCAUGCUUCUGACGGUUAUCCGAUUCCUGUCAGACUUGCACUCCCGGUCUGCCGACUUCAAGGACUUUGCAUUGACAUCUGAGUAUGUGAGGUAUCUCUUAUGGGCGUGUUAUCCCAUCAUUGUUAGCACCGACGCUGUCACGCCGGAUACGGAGCUCAACUCUCGAGAUUCAGCUCUGACAUUCGAGGGCGGGGAUGUGAUGAUUCGCCCACUUGCCGGCUCUCAGCCCGGUCCCAUCGUGCGGACGAUGAGCACAGAUGCAGUUGCUGCUUUGGCAGGGAACCCUCGUGGAACUCCUCUACGAAAAGCAUCUGGUUUCGUUCUGCUCACCAACCAAACAUCACCUCAAGCCCCAAGCCCGGUCCGGUUUGCACCCGUCAUGUCACCGAAGAAGAAGGUCGCCUCUCAACAGUCAAGCAGCGCCACACUUGACAGCAUGGUGGAUCUGGUAAUCAGUGUCUUUAUAGAGCAAGUCUUUACGCGCAAGGAAUUCCCUGGAUUCGGUCUCUUCCUCAAGAUUCCGCCAGGCUUCCAGGAGCACCAAGCCUAUUUCGAGUCUUUUGUUCUUAGGAAGACGCUUCAACAACUUGGAAGCCAUGUCCAAGCGAAUCAGAAGGUUCUCAGCGAGCCUAAGGUUCUUACCAACAUGGGUAGACUUGCGGCACACGUCACAGAUACCAUUUUUGAGGGCUGGUUCAUUAACGGUACUGAGCCCAUGCUAGAAUUCGCUGGCAUGGUGCUAGAGUACCUCCAAAGGCCCGAAGUAUCGACCAUGAAAAGCGUUCGGCUGUGCAGUCAAGCUGUUGGAACGAUCCGCCAAUCAUUCUUGAAGCUUCUUCUCUUGCGGUUUUCAGAACUGGACGACCCAGACACGCCAGACGCUAGCGCAAAGCAAUUCAUGAGUAACAUCUUAUACUGGCAAUCCCCGAUCCUGGGCUGUCUUGCGAACGAGGAGGAGUACAUGAAGCUUUUCUGGUAUCAAUUGUACUCAAAGCUGGUUGAUCCUCGAACAUCCAUCAGGUCUGCCGCAGCUACAAUCAUGCGCAUCAUGCUUGUCCAGAAGCCCCAUGAAUCCAAGGUGUUGUUCAGACAAUGUGUAGCACCAGACCAGCAGCACCUGACGAAGGAUUUCGUUGUUAAGCUCACCGAAAUCGACGACGAGGCUUUCAUCGAAUGGGUGGACCAGCACCGCGCUUCACUUGAUGCAUUUUUUUACGGCGGCAUAUCAAAGAUCUGGGAGGAGUUCGUCGUUGUCGAAAACCAGCGAACGGUUGAUUCGGCUAAGUUCCGAUUAGCGAAGCGCAGAGAUCGACUGAAAGCGUGGCAGACGGAGGCGCUUACCGUGGAUAAUAUCCUCCUCCGUCACGACAUGGCGAACGGAGCCUGGAUGAAGAGCAUCUUUACCAGCGAGCACUUCAAGCAUCAACGUCUGACACAAGACCAGCAGGAUGAUAUGGCAUUCCUGGGUGCGGCAUUUGUCAAGAUGGAUAAUGAUCUGCGACGCCCAGGUGCUGUAUUCAGCGAGCAAGCUCAGCUUAAGUGGAAGCUUGAUCGAACUGAAGGACGCAAUCGGAUGCGUCUGAGACUUCUGCCUGACUACUCCAAGAAGCAUUCGGACUACCAACCGAAGAGGAGAGCAGGAGAGCCGUCCACUCCUUCAGCCCUGAAGGUUAACACUGCUAUGGCUCCUGUGCAGAUUGCACCAUCGCCCAUCAAAUCGGCUACACCGGCAUCAUCACGUGUACAGUCUAUUCCGAGCCUCGAUGGCGCAGAAAACCCCGAUACCCCCCCGGAUGUUGACCAGGAUACGGAGACAAAUGAGUCUGGCGUAGGUGCCGAAGAGGAUUUCGAGCUUGUUGACGAUCCAAACGACGCCAACGAAGGCGAUGAUGGCUUCGAGGACAAGAACCGCAAGGUUAUGAGGCGGCUUGAACAAGGGGAUCAAGUCCAAGCUGUGUACAACAUCUCACGCAUCGUUGGUCUUGAGGGAUGUGAGGGUAUUCUCAUCAUCGGCAAAGAUGCCUUGUAUAUCAUGGACAAUGUGUUCCAGUGUGCCUCUGGCGAAAUUGUCAAUGCCUGGCAAGCUCCUCCUGAGGAACGAGACCCUUUUUCGGAGAUUAUCACGGACGCCAAAACCACGGAGCAACGCCAGAGCUCAAGUCGAAGUGAACAGGAAUCCCGCAGCUGGAGAUGGCACGAUGUCAUCAGUAUCUCCAAGAGAAGAUUCCUGUUCCGAGAUGUUGCCAUCGAGGUCUUCUUCACAGACGGACGCAGCUACUUACUGACGUCCAUGAACCCGAUCCUGAGAGACGAGGUCUUUGGCAAGCUGAUGAACAAGGCUCCGCAUACAAACUCCGCUAGUUCACUACCCAAUCCUGAGGACGCCUGGCGUCUUGAAGCGCUCAAAGUCUCAGAAGAAAUGCCUCAAGGCUUUGGUUCGAAGUUUGGAAGCAUCUUCAACUCCACGCCCUGGAAUCCUGCCAUGAAGAAGUGGCAGAAAGGAGAAAUGUCCAACUUUCACUACCUCAUGCUAGUCAACACGAUGGCAGGACGUACGUUCAACGACUUGACCCAGUACCCCGUCUUCCCGUGGGUCCUAGCGGACUAUACGAGCGAGGAGCUCAAUCUGAACGAUCCGGCAACUUUCCGAGACCUCUCAAAGCCGAUGGGUGCUCAGACGGCUGGCCGUGUUUCCGGGUUCAGGGAGUCGUACGAUGCACUGGCAGAGAUAGGUGAAACUCCGUUCCACUACGGCACCCACUACUCGUCAGCCAUGAUUGUGUCGUCAUAUCUCAUUCGCCUUCCGCCCUUCGUUCAGUCUUACAUCCUCCUUCAAGGUGGCUCGUUUGAUCACGCCGACCGUCUUUUCCAGUCGAUUCCUCAUGCGUGGAAGUCUGCCUCGUGCGACAACAAGGCCGAUGUCAGAGAGCUUAUUCCGGAGUUCUUCUGCCUCCCAGAAUUUCUAACAAAUAUUAAUCAGUAUAACUUUGGCAACCGCGAGAGCACUGGAGCGAAGGUCAAUAAUGUUGUCUUGCCUCCCUGGGCCAAGGGUGAUCCCAAGAUCUUCAUUGCAAAGCACCGCGAAGCACUUGAAAGUCCCUACGUCAGCCAACACCUGCACAACUGGAUCGACCUGAUAUUUGGGUACAAGCAGAGAGGGGACGCAGCUGUAGACAACCUCAACGUUUUCCAUCAUCUCUCGUACCGUGGGGCAACGGACCUGGACAACAUUAGCGAUCCUCAGGAGAGGCGCAUUACUGCUGGCGUCAUUCACAACUUUGGUCAGACUCCUCACCAGGUGUUCACUAGGUCUCACCCCGGUCGCGAGCACUUUUCUUGCCAAAUACGGCGAUUGGAUACCUCGGUCUAUGCCCUGACCAGGCUAUCCCAUCCAUUGCUCGGUAUAGUAGCGACUCUGAUUUACUCGCCAAAGAUAGACCGUCUCAUAUGUGCCUCACCUUUCCGCCUGAACGUUGCUCCGUACGACAAGUUCCUCGAAUGGGGAUAUGCCGAUAACAGUGUCCGCUUCUUCUUCAGCGACAACCGGAAGGUAAGACAGCCUGAGAAGACGUUUACUGGGGGCUUUGCUAAUAGCCACAAGCCUGCGGGACUAUUUGAGAAUCUUCACAUUGGACAGCUGUCUUGCGCCAUCUUUGCAGACUCCAAGACGCUCAUUACAGCGGGAGAGGAUUGCGUCAUCUCAGUAUACGCUGUGCAGACAGCGCCUGGUAAAGUGGUUGAUCUUUUGCCUCGCUCAUCGCUGUUUGGUCACCGCGCACCCGUGACAAACAUAGCCGUGUCCAAGUCCUUCAGCACAUUUGUGUCGGCGUCGACGGAUGGACAAGCUUUCCUCUGGGAUAUCAACCGUCUAGAGUUCAUCCGCAAGUUGCCUCUCUCGCGGCCCGUGGAGUGCGCACGCAUCAAUGACGUCUCUGGCGAGAUCAUGCUUGGAUCCGGCCCCAACGUCAUUUUAUACACCAUCAACGGCACAGUCCUCGUCGACCAGAACGUGUGCGCUGAGCCCGACGACUUCGUCCACUCAUGUGCCUUUUACGAAAGCGCUGGCGACGAGUGGGUUGAGAAUUGCCUGAUCUUCACCGGCCACAAGAGAGGUCGUGUGAAUGUAUGGAAGAAGUGCGUCAAGAACGGGAAAUGGGUAUUGGAGCUGCUCCGCCGCUUGGACCAUACCGAUCCACGAUCAGAAGUGGGAGCCAAUUACGACGCAGGCAUUACUUGCAUCACGCCCAUGCCACAAUGCGUCUAUACGGGAGAUGAUGAUGGGCGAGUGUACGAGUGGAACCUUGUCCAGCGGGAUAGAUAG